AUGUUUGGUUUUUUGUUGAGAAUGGCAUUGUUGGGCUGUGGCAUCGCAGGUAACGCGGACUUUCUGCUCUCAAAUGACGAAUUGGCAUUCCUCUACUCAAUGCCAGGCGGUAAAAACAGAUUUUUAUCAUAUUUAUGCAACAAUAUAGCAAUCUGUACCUUGGUUCUGGGAGUAUUCAAGAAGAUCAGCCUGUUCAGACGAAUCCACUCGCUUAUGAUGACAUUUUCACUCUCAUUUCAGUUUACAAUGGUCACGAUAUAUUGGACCUACAAGAACACAUUCCCAAAGUACGCUAGACUUAUAAGAACAGGAGAUCAAAGGUUGGACGUGUUCAUAGAAUAUGCACGGCACCUGGCAUUGUUUCUGGCUUGCUUGGUAGAUCCAUUCAUGUUACCACGAUGCAGCAAGUUCUUGAGAAUCAUUCUGUUUGGAUUCUCAUCCGGAUACAUAGCCAUGUUAUGCCAUCUUCAUACGACACACGGGUUCUGGGCCUAUUUGUUCCUGGAACAUGUCGAUGGUGUUCAGAAGUGUGCAUUCUUCGCGUGCUUGAUACUUCUGCCACAGAUAUUUUACACAAUACUAUUAAUAUUUAUGCCAUCGAGAGCACCAAAAACGAGAAAGUCUCAAUAA